UAUGCCUGUUAUAGUAGCCAAAAAAAAUUAACCAAAUAUUUAAAUAAUUUUUUUUUUCAUCCUUUUUGGAAAAUCUGAAUCACUUUUGUCUCCCUCGUAAUUCCAAAGGCAUCACUUUUUCCCUCUUCAUUCUCUCUCUCUUUUCUCUCUCUGUUUCUCUCUCCUCUGUAUAUUUUUUUGUCUGUAAGCUGUAACUCAUCUGGGUUACUGAGUUUACUCGAACCCCAACUCACCCCUUCAUUGGGUCUCUCAACUCACCUCACUUAACCCACCCACCAACCCAAAAAAACAAUUACCCAUUUCAAAUUUGAAUGCCGUUUUCUUCUUCUUCCCUCUUUCUCUCUCCUCCAUUUUCUCCCGCUUUGACCGCCUCGACGACGGCGUCAUCUACCAUUGACCCAAAGCUUCAAUACCCACUUCUUCAAACCCCAGAAAAAACCAUUUCUUCAUUCAGGCAUUUCGUCGGACAUCUUUCCUACAUCCAUGAAUAAUAAACCCAGUAAGAAACAGAGGUCUGAUCUUAAGACUGAAUCUAUCUCUAUCAAUACCAUUCUUCAAGAUCUAACCAUCAAAGACGACAAUGUCAGUGUUAGUGCUAGUGUUAGUGUAAGUCCUAGUAGUAGUACUACUCUUUCUGGGUCUGAAAUUGGUGGGUUUAGUAAGCCUAAUAUUGGGUGUUUGCUUAAAAUGGCGGAAAAUGGAGAGAGUGAAAAGAGCGUAAGUUCGAGUAUGAGCGUUAGCUCAAUGAGCAACUGCAGCAAUACUAACGGCAUUGUCGAUGCGAGUAGCAGCUUUCGAAGUUGCAACCCAAAUAAACCUCAUAAGGGCAAUGACAUUAGAUGGGAAGCGAUUCAAUGUGUUAAAGGGAAAGAUGGUGAGUUGGGUUUAGCACAUUUUCGGCUGUUAAAGAAAUUAGGCUUUGGUGAUAUUGGAAGUGUCUAUUUAGCUGAACUUCGAGGAAUGGGGUGUUUGUUCGCAAUGAAAGUUAUGGAUAAAGGGAUGUUAGCAGGAAGAAAGAAGUUGUUGAGAGCUCAAACUGAGAGGGAUAUUCUUGGUUUGUUGGAUCAUCCAUUUCUUCCUACACUUUAUUCGCAUUUCGAAACCGAUAAGUUUUCUUGCUUACUUAUGGAGUUUUGUAAUGGUGGUGAUCUUCAUAUUCUUCGACAACGUCAGCCUAGCAAGCAUUUCUCCGAGCAGGCGUCGAGGUUUUAUGCAUCUGAGGUGCUUCUUGCCCUGGAAUAUCUACACAUGAUGGGUGUUGUGUAUAGGGACUUAAAACCCGAAAAUGUCUUGGUGAGGGAAGAUGGGCAUAUUAUGCUCUCGGACUUUGACCUCUCGUUAAGGUGUUGUGUAAAUCCAACUCUUGUUAAGGGAAGCUAUCAGCCCAACUGUACAAAUACAUCUUACUGCAUUGAACCUCGGUGCAUUGAACCAUCUUGCAAACUACCUGUUUGCGUUGAGCCCUCUUGCUUGCAGCCUUCUUGUUUCAGGCCACGCUUUUUCAGCUCCAAGUCUAGUAAGGUUAAGAGCGAAAAGUUUAAUUUCACAAACACAUCCUCACUUCCAAUUCUUAUUGCAGAACCUACCAAUGCCCGCUCUAUGUCAUUUGUUGGAACACAUGAGUACUUAGCUCCUGAAAUAAUAAGAGGAGACGGUCAUGGCAGUGCUGUUGAUUGGUGGACAUUUGGUAUCUUCUUGUAUGAGCUACUCCAUGGUAAGACACCAUUUAAAGGUAAUGGAAACCGCGAGACAUUGUUCAAUGUGGUUGGGCAGCCCCUCAAAUUUCCUGAGGGUUCACCAGCAAGUUUUGCUGCUAAAGAUCUGAUCAGAGGUCUGCUUGUAAAAGAUCCCCAAAAAAGAUUGGGAUUCAAAAGAGGUGCAACUGAGAUCAAACAACACCCCUUCUUCGAAACUGUAAAUUGGGCUCUCAUUCGCGGUAGUACCCCUCCAGAAAUUCCGAAACCUAUAGACCUCACAAUCUAUAAUCACACAUCCAAAACAUCAUCAGAACCUCCUAAUGACAAACAAGGUGCUUCAGACUCAGAUAGGUCUUCGGGUCCUUAUUUAGACUUUGAAUUUUUCUGAAAUUUCUAUCAAUUAUUUAGGAUAAUCUUUGAUUAGUUAGGAUAAUAUAAAUGCCAUUUGUGUAUCCAUUUUUUCAUCAAUGAAGUUAGGCCUUUUUUCCCGCA